ACUGCGUUUGUCCGGUGGGGUGGUGGCUAUGCCUUGGAGGAAGUCCCCUGGCAAGUGGUGUAGUACUGGCUUGGGUGGGGUGCGCGGCUGUGGUGUUCUCUUCCAAGAGACGAAGAAUCAGCGUAUCGCGCUGUUUUUCCACGAUUUCGACCAGCAGGCCAAGGAAAAUAUCCGGGAAAUGAAGAAGGAACUCGAUUCGCUUUUGCGAACAGCUGAGAAGGCAUUUACAGUAGAGCUGCUGAAGAUGCCGAUUGCUAUCAGGAAAAUGAAGAGAAAAGAUUUGCUUAUUAAAGUAACUACAAUUGUUGAAUAUGAAGAUGCCAAGCAUAUUUCUGCAAAGAAAAUAUCUAAAAAGAUUUCUAAAACAAAGUUGCUGGCUUCACUGUCACCUAGUUUAAAUGGCAAACUGAACCCUCUUUCUAGGUCUCUUCACUCAUCUGCAAGCGUGACUGAAGCUGUUAAGUCUCCUGCUUCUGAUUGUAGCAUCACAAAUUUCAAAGCCACCCCAAAGGUAUCUAAAAGGGAAAGGGGAGAAUGUGAAGAAAACCAGUGAGAAGAAAGAGUUGUGAUAAGGACACUGUGCCAGACAAAUACGUGGCAGAGGAAGCUACUAACUUCAGAGAGCUUGCAGCAUCAACUACAAGCACUGUGUGAAAAAACACUAGUGUUUUAAAACAUUAUCCAAGUUCCCUUUCACACAAUUCCUUGGUCAAUAAAGAAAACAGGUUUGAUCAUUUGUACAAAACCCAAGGUACUCAUACCUCUGUUGUCAUUUUAUUUGGAUGCAUGUAAGAUGACAAGUUUCUGCAAGGAAUUCUACUUUUAAGGAUAUGACUUUUAAUGGUCUUAUGCAUUCAAUACUACAUGCAGUCAGGCCUUUCUAAUGUUCUGUGUUAUUACAAGUUUGUUAAAUACUAUCUUCACCUGAUUAGAAUUUAUACAACCUGUAACCAUUUGCAUCGGGCAGAGCAGGUUAUUCACUUUGCUGGCUUUGAAGCACUGCAUAUUCCACAGACCAAACAGCAGUAAAAUAGCAAAAGCCAAGCCUCAACUCUGAAACAGGGUCCUUCUUAUACAGGAAGAAGGUUUCCCAAUGCUUGUCCAAACCCUGGCAGCACAGGCACUGUCUGCCACAGCCUGGGGCCUGUGCCUGACACCCUCCUGCGCUGUGUACUACUCACCGCUGGGAUGAAAGCGGUCACCUGCCCCAUCACAGGUCCUCAUGGGCUGAGCUCAGCAGCGGCCGCUUCCAAGCAAUUAAAGAAAAAGCACAAUUAAUUUGGUUCCACCAGGACAGAGUGCGUGUGCGUGUG